CAUGGGUCUGCACACCGGAAACCAGCUGUUCCUUCACUUUCGCUUUACAGGAUGAGAAUCCCCCUCGUCGGUCAUGAAAGUCGAGGUUCCUUUAAAAAUAUUUGCAAUCUUAACUUUCCCGAAACGGGUUUUCUGUGUCUAUACACCACGUAGUCUCUUUCCGUCUCUGGGUAUUUCCCCAAAGGCGUCAUCACUUGCAGACUGCCGUUUCCAUUGAAGCCAUUUUACAAAGCUAUAAGUCGUCGUGAAUUCACUUCUAUCGACAAAACAACAUGUCUCCGUUUGAAGAAUAUGACCAUAGGAUCAAUACUAUCGCGGAGGAUCUGACAACUGGGGACCGUAAAAAGGCAAUUUACCUUUGUGGGAGCUUGGUUACGGACAGCAGCGUGACUUGCGUCAGGGAGACUUUAAGAGUCAAAGUAAACUUUCACCCGAACCCUCCCCUGUUUAUAAUGUCCAUCCUCAGGCAGCUAGGACGUUACGACAUUCUAAAGAGAGUCUAUAACGUGGACAGAAACGAGACAGAAAAGAAGAUUCAGACACAAGUUCUCCCAAGAUUCAGAGUACUGAUGGUUACUAUAAGUGACAAUCUCCAAAUGGAGGAUGUGGAGCAAAUCAAAUUUUUAUUAGGCAGGACUUUAUCCCAUGAAAAAACAGAAAAUGUCAAGACCUUCUUGGAAGUGAUGAUUGAACUGGAGAAGCUGGAUUUAGUGUCACCCGAAAGAGUAGAGCUUGUCGAGGACUGUUUACGAAAUAUUGGCAGGCUUGAUCUGGCCAGAACAGUGGCUGCUUACAAGAUGUCAGGUGCAACAUCUGAACACUCUUUGCCUCCACAACACAGUGGUCAAGCUGCUGUGAGUACAAUAUUGAAAAAAGAUCACAAUUUAUAUAAGAGUCAACCUGACCAGUACAACUUAAGGGCCGAUCAAAGAGGAGUUUGUGUUAUUAUUGACUGCGUAGGUAAUGAUGGAGGAAUGUUAGAAAACACGUUUAAGGCUCUCCACUUCAACAUUCUCUACCACACCAUGCUGGGUGCUAAUGAGAUUUUGGAAACUCUUAAAGAAGUCUCCAAACACAGACAGAGCCGCAACGAGGAUGCUUUUGUCUGCUGCAUCAUUAGCCGCAGCUUAGAUGACAAUAUCCUGGGUACAGACUCGUAUGGUAGAGGUCUUUCUGCCAAAAACAUCAGAGAUCUCUUCUUAGGUGACACUUGUCCUAUGAUGGUCGGCAAGCCGAAACUUUUCUUCAUCCAGAGCUACGUGGCUCCCGAGUCUGAGCAUUUGGAGCAAGACGGCUGCAAUGGCUUAGCCAUGAGAGAAAACCUCCCCACAGAAGCAGACAUACUCUGGAGUCACUGCUGGACAGAUGAAAGCCAGCUGCUACAAGAGCAGCAUCACUCUGUUUACCUAAAAGCACUGACUGAUGCCUUAAGCAAAGCCAAGAGGAAAACAGAUCUGCUUGAUCUUCAGAUGAAGGUGAAUGGAGCCAUUUAUGACCAUAACCAAAAACACCCUGAAGCAAAUUAUCGAUGUGAUGUAAAACACACUCUGAGAAAAAGUCUUUAUCUAGAAUAGAAAAGUGGCAGAAACAUUAUGACUUUUACUAAGCACCUAAAACUGUGGCACUGAACUCACUACAUGCCUCGUGAAGAACAUGUUUUCUAUGUCUUUACUGACCUCUAGUGGUUAAAAUGAAAGAAGACACUAUAGAGGCGUAAUAAUGGCUUAAACGUUUAUUUAUUUCAGUAAUUUAAUUCAAAAAGUUAAAAAUCAUAUAUUAUAGAGAUUCAUUGCAAACAUGAUGAUAUAUUUCCAAAGUUUAAACCUGUUAGUUUUGAUAUUUGUGGCUUACAGCUAAUGAAUUCCUAAAAUUCAGCGUCUUAGAAAAUUCUAAGAACAAUAACAAAGCAUGUUUAAUACAACAAUUAAAUUUGGGGUUUUAUGAGCUGUAAGUUAUAAUUUUUAAAAUUAGUGACAACAAAAUGUCACUUUUUCAAUUGAAUGAUUACCACUUUUUAAUUAAAUUUCUAUAGCAAACUGUAUUCUUAUGUUUAUGUGCUGUAAUAUUUAAGUAUGUUUUCUCACACACAAACUAAAGUCUGAAAACUCAUUUUAUUGAUUAACAUUAGAAAAGCUGAAAAUUUGUAAUAACUGUCAACUUCUUUUGAAAUAUUUGACUUGCAGAUCAGUUCCCUUUUCAAUUAUUUUCAACUCUUUUCGCACAUACAGACAUAUACAACCAUUGAACAUGACCUCUGUUGUGGUGACUUUACAUGACGUUCACUGCGACUAUCUUUACAUUUUUAGACAUUCUUUGUAAAUGAAGGACUCUAGGAAUUUUCUCAUUCAUGUUUUUUUUAUUUAUUAAACUGAAAAAUUCUUUAUUUUUUUUUAUCAAGCAAAAAAUGUCAUUAAAAUUAAAUUUUACAUCAACAACUAGUUGGCAGCUAAUGGCAAAAAAAAAGAAUAAAAUAAAAAUCAGACUUCAUCAUAAAGAAGUAAAAAAUUAAUUGUACACUAUGCUACCUUCAUACCCUGUAGGGUUUGAAUCAUUUCAGGUUUGUGCUUUGCUAGUCUUCAUGAAAUCUCAAAUCUAAUUUAUAUAUUUAUGUUGUUGUCAGGCAUGUGUUGCCCAUUUUAUGCAUGUGUUGCCCAUUUUACAAAGCCUUUUGUGUUUUUAUUCACUUUAUUUGAAAACUCUAACUAAAAUGAACAUUUUUAACAAUCAGCUAAUAGAGAAGAUCCUUAAGACACGAAUGAUGUCAGAUAUCUAAAACCAACAAACUGUUGACACUUUUCCUGGUGAAACUGCUUUCAUUCAUUUUAUUGUCAUUAACUUUCAGUGAGGUCUUUGCUGAAUAUGAUAUAUCUGGUAACCCUUCAUGUUGAUGUUCAGUGCAAAAAGAGGGAAGCUGAAGAGAAAUCGGAUAUAAAGAUGUAAAUUCAAGGUAGACCAAACAUGCAAAGCAUUACGUCAUAUGAAAAAUCUCAACUAAAAUCAUUGGGCAGACAAAAUAAACAUUAAAAACUUUUGAAAAUAUAACUAAGCAAUUGUUUUCUGUUACCUCGCUGAUCCUUUUACUACUUUACAUUAUUUUCUCUUGUUUUGUUAUUAAUUUUUAUAUCUGAAGGACAUUUGUCAUUUUGUAUUUAUGUAGUACAAAAGUCGUCUUUUUUGUUGUUUUUUUACGUUCCUGAGAUGUAAUGUAUUUGUAUUUGAUGUAUCUAAUAUUAAAUGUAGCGUUUUCAUUAGCAGGACCUCAUGAUAGCAGAGAUGCAACCCUAUGUAAUUAAUCCAGGUUUUGUGCUUCUCUUUGUAAAUUAUUACUCUGAUUAAUAAAUGACUAUUUAUUUAUUUA